AUGUCACGGCACGCCCCAUCGCCCGCGAUUCACGCUGGUACGCCGUCGCGCGUUGCUGUGGGGAUGGGCGGGCUGACACGGCUACAGCCCCCCCGUGACUUGCGGCUGCAGCGUGGAUCGCGAGGUCUGCGCUCCGCGAGAUAUGCGGAGCUUGCCACGUCGUUCUUGCCACGUCAGCUCGCUACACCACUUAGGCGCCUCCCUGUCCCCCUACAGCGCGCGCAUUCGUCGCCUUCGGGGGAGCGUUCCUCCGCACGCGCGUGCUCACGGACGGCAUGGAACGUCAGCAGGCAGGCGGACAGACGGAUGAGCGUCGCAUGCCGUGCAGCAGAGAGCGGUGACGUGGCACCUGCUGAUUGGGUGAACACGGCAGGGACGCACAAGCGGCCCCAGCAGGUGUUCUACUCCAAAAAGGUGCCUUUUCCAGGUGCCUUUUCCAGGUGCCUUUUCCAGGCGCUCAUGUCAUGUCACCCAUGCACAACGCCCCACAUCCCCAUCCCAACCAUCCCCCACCUCCUCCACCGUCCCUCCCCUCUCUCCCGGACUCAUCCUCCCCUCAACCUCCCCACACCCCCUCCCCCCUCCCCUCCCCCCCUCACCCUGGCGAUCCUGAUGGCGUUUGACGAUGUGAGCGUGCCGCUGCCGCCCAUGCGCCGCCCGGACUUACGGCAACUGAUCUUGGAGGAGGCGGAGAGGGACUGCGUGGCGGCGGGCAUCACAGACAUCCGCUUCGUGUGCUCCAUCGCUCUGCACCGCUUCGUUCGCCCGGACGAGUUCCGGCACAUCUGCGGGGGGUACCUGUACGGCAAGUACUACCCGCAGCGCAUGGGGAAUUACAACGCUGUUGAUAUGCACGAGACUGUGGACAUCGGUGUCACACGGCACGGGGAGGCUGUUCAGGUGAGGGGAGAUGGGGGGGGAGAGGGAGGGGGUGGUGUGCGGGAGGCCCACAGCAGUUCAUGCAGCGUUCUCGUCAGUACUUGUUAUCCAUCCGCUGCUGUUGCCGCACUCUUCUCUUUGUCCCUACCCCUGCGCUGUGCUGUGCUGUGGCAUGGCACUGCGGCACGGCGGAAUGACGUGGCAUGGCAGAUCAACCGGCACUUUGCGGAGGCGGAUCUGGUGGUGUAUGCGAAUGUGAACUACGUGAGCAUGGACGGCGGGUACAAGUCCUACGCCACUGGCCUCGUAAGCUCUUGUUGCGCUCACACCUGGCCUGGCUGA